UGAUUUUGUGGUUUUGCACAUUCUUGUUAUACUUUAUAUUUUAUACCAAUCUAUCGCCCAAUUCCAAAACCAUCGAUACUAUCAAUUUUACCAUCGAUAGUUUUGCAGCCCAGUGCUUAUUGUCCUUUGUCUCCCCCGAACAAAAUAUGAGCCGCGAAGUUCUCGAGCCUCCUUCUGUGCUCAUGAGCGAGAACCGUCGCUAUCGUGUGAAUGUUGUACACGAAGAUUUCGGCGGCGACAAGUGGAACGGCGGCAACAAACAAGGCCGCCCAACCAAAAAGGGCUAUGAGGAGACCGAUCUUUAUGGCGAAGAUGACGAUGAGGAGGACCCGGACGCCGCCAACAUAGAAGAGAAUGGUUCUGGCGGCUAUAAACUUUCAUUCCAUGUGUCCAAAUCAUUCUAUGGCGGGCUGAUUGGUUUGAAGGGAUCGACCAAACGUCGCAUCGAGGAAGAAACCCGAUCGGAAAUUUACAUUCCACGUCAGCACGAGGAGUCGUCACAUGUGACGAUUAAGGCCAAGGAUCGCAGCCAGGUGUGUGCUGCCUUGCGCCAGAUACGCUCCCUUGUUGGCUCCCUGCGCAGGAAGAUGCGUCCAACCCAUUUUCUGGCUGUUCCAUUGAACUUUGGCGAAGUGCAGAAUCGCUUUAUGGAGCUUAAGAAAAGCAUUUUGGAGGCCCAGUUUCCGGGCAUCGAUGAAGAACUCUUCAUUCCCGAGAUCUGUAUCCACUUAACUUUGGGUGUAUAUGUGCUGCUGGAUGACAAUGAGCGUAAGAAAGCAUUGGAGGAGCUCGAGUCCUGUCGCUCCAUCCUGGCAGAUCUAACCACUCCAUUCGAGAUGAAAGUCAAGGGUCUGGAGAUCAUGAACGAUGAUCCAAGCUCCGCCCGCAUUGUGUACGGCUGUAUUGAGGCUCCUGAAUUGCAGAAGUUCGCUGACCGUGUCCUAGCCCAUUUCCAAACCACUGGAUUUGCCGCCUCGGAUAACAACGAUCGCGAUUCCAUCAAGCUUCACAUGACCGUGCUUAACAAUCGCUACCGCAAGAAGGACAACAGUGCAAAGAAAUGCCCCAACAGCUUCGAUGUCCGUGAGAUACUGAAGCGUUUUGGGGACUUUGAUUUUGGAUCUGCCCAGUGUAGCACCGUCCACUUAUGCGCACUGAAUUCGAGUGGGACUGACGGUUUCUACAAGAUAAGUGGGAGUUUGAAAUUUUAGCAAGUUUCCCUAUAAUCCAUACUAUAUCCAAUAGGGAUGAAAUAAAUAUAAAUA